AUGUCGCUUACUCUCAAUUCGCAGAUCGACGCGAUACACUCCAAUGAUUGCUCGAUCGUGCUGAGUUCGAACCCUACCCCGCGGUCUUCGUCGGGGUCUGACUCCCCCUCUGAACCUGCUUCUGUUCCCAUGGAGUCUUCCAGAGAACUUCCUCCACCGUCUACCUUGAAUCGCUUGCCGCCAGUAAUGCCCAGUUCGUUGCCCCCGCCGCCUGGGCAAUGGCAGGGUCCUGAGCCCAUGCAGCAAUGGUUGCGGGCCAAAGCUGAGGAGGAUCGUCGUGCCCAGGAGGAAGAGAAGACUCGACAGGAGACGUUGAAAUUGGAGCAGCGCAGGGUUGAACAGAUGAUUCUGUUAGAGUCGUUGCGUGCAGGUGUACCCCCUCAUAUGAUUCCAUUGAUCUUCGCGGGCAUAGGUGGUGGAAGUUCCCACUGGACCGAGACAGUUCACCAGUACACGUCACACGCACAAGCAGCUCGUGGUUUCUCAGCUCCUACACGGUCUCAGCAAUCAUUCCCCGCCUCAGCAUCCACUUCUCAGCAUCCAUCGAUGGUUCUAUCACAGUCAACUCCCGCGGAGUCCCCACGGGAUAUUCCUAAUCUUCUGAUCCCUAAUAUAAACCCUCAUUCCUCAGCUGUGAGUGGUCUGUCAAUAGGCGAUAGUACUGCUAUAUCUUCGGGCAUGGCUACCCCAGUUCCAGCUCCCUUGCCUGCUCAACCACUCCCUUUCGAUACGACGCCUCGAAUCCCGCCCAAUCUUGCCGGUGGACAUAUCGCUCCACACCCAUCUCAAAGCGUUCCCACUUUCUUCAGGCCACCUCAACAUUCACCUAUUUCUUUCCACCAUUGGGUCCCUCCAGGGUCACUGACCCAGUCUCAAGCAUCCAGCAAAGGUCAGGGAACAGAGCCAAGCACGCCAUCCGAUUCAGCAUUUCAACCUCGGCUUGAUUAUGCUCAAAGUUCACCAGGUCGCAAGAGAAAAUCACAGACAGCCCACACUCAGCUCGCUGCCCCAUCUACUCGUAUAGCCGAAUCAGUUUCACAAGGUACUCGAUCUGGCAAACAUAUCUCAGUUGGUGAGAAGCAAGAGAGUGGACUUCCUAACGCCACUGAUGACCCUAGCCAUCGUCGCGCUUCGGAACAAAUCAGCCCCAGGACUCGCAGAGGAGCCACCUGGAAUUUUGAUCGACAACCCUCUCGCGAAAGAGAAUCCCAGUCGAAUCCAUCCCAACAGGUUGAAAUGUUGGAUGCGGAGACUCUGUCGGAGCCCUCUCAAGACGCAAACACCGGCAGCAAGUCAGACGGAACGACUAAAAGCCUACCCUAG